AAAAGCGUCCGCACACACACACAAAAAGCGGAGGUCUUGUGGCAGAGCGGGCAAAAGGCCGACAGGUGGCGCUGCCUCAGAGCACGGGCAAGGGCAUCGAAGCCGGAGCCGCCGAUGAUCAGCAGAAGCAGCAAUCGCGGCGUCGAAGCGGCCGCGUUUUAGACGCGGAUCCCUCCGCUGGUCUUCUCUGCGGUGAAGCGCUGCCGGAGAAGUGCCGGCAGGACAAUGGAAACGCAGGCGCAAGAAAUAUUCUUCCCGCAUAAGUUUGUUCAUAAAUGCCGGUAGCUGUUCCUGACCCAAGAAGACAACGCUGUCACUUCUUUGCCAUGAACUACAGAGUUAUUGCAAAAAACUGGGUGACUGGUAGAUGGCAGCAAAGAGAUGGAGGUCUGUUAGAAAAACUAACAUUCCAUGAGACAGAUGAAGACACCAUCACUGAUGUUGAUUUGACCAAUGUGAUUUCUGAAGAAGAGCGAGAAGAAUUAAAAGUUGAAGUAAUCAAGCUGGAGGAUGAAAUUGCAACUUUACGCCAAGUUUUAGCAGCCAAAGAGAAGCACCUUGUGGAAAUAAAGCAAAAGCUGGGCCUCAAUCUGAUGAAUGAGUUGAAGCAGAACUUCAGCAAAAGCUGGCAUGAUGUGCAAACUACUACUGCGUAUAAGAAGACUCAAGAAACUCUAACUCAAGCAGGGCAAAAGGCCACAGCAGCUAUCAGCAACGUUGGAACAGUUAUCAGCAAGAAGUUUGGAGAUAUGAGGUCACAGUCCCUUGGCAGGUAUUCUAUCCGCCAUUCCAUGAGUAUGCCUGCUAUGAGGAAUUCUCCUACAUUCAAAUCCUUUGAAGAAAAGGUUGAAACCACUGUUACAAGCAUUAAGACAAAAGUUGGAGGUACACCUCAUCCUGGAGGAAGCUUUGAAGAAGUUCUUAGCUCAGCGGCCAAUGCCAGUGCUCGAAGCCCCAUUGCAGGCAGCCAACUUUCAGAAACCGAAAAGGAGCUCCAUUGCUAGGUGAAGGAUUCUUUGCCCUGCUGUUUGCAUAUGACCGAUGCAUAAAAUGUUUCUUUUCUCCCCAGGGCUGAGUAUGAAGUUGUAGGACUGCAUUGAGAAUAUACCUAGACAGACAGUACUAGGCAGAAAGAUCGGCUGGGAUGCAACCAAAUGGCAGCUAUUGCUGCAGAAAUAACUGCUAGCUGUCCUUCUAUGCUAGUUUUAUUCUAUUUAUGCUGAUCAGUGAUUUUACAUUGUAACUUCUAUACAAUUGUUUCAAUUUUUUAAAUGGUAUAUAUUAUCUUAAGAAAUUUGUCCAUGUUAUGUUUUUAUAGUGAAUUUCAGAAAAUAAGAUGAGAUUAUUAUUGUUCAAGCUAUUACCUAUUCUCCUGGUAUAAACAACAAAGCUGUUUUUGCCUGUUCUGUGUUUAUGUGCCUGUUUCUGACUGUUAAAAAAAAUCAGCCUCUUCAUUAUUAUAGGUGCCAUUGGGAUAAGGAUUGGAACCAAAAACAAUUACGCUGCAAAGUUUUCUGUCUAAAGAAGCAAUGAUACAUAUGCCUUUAGUACAAAGUACUGAGGAAAUAUUUUUUUAAAAAAACCACGAUAAUUUUAGAAUAGUCAAUCAGUAAAAAGUUUGGUGUAUAUAAACAGUUCCAAUUUCCUUGGAAACAUGUGGCAUGUAGAGCUUUAAUCUGAUAACAAUCUGAGCCAGAUUAUAUCCAUGCUUGCCUGCAAUUGUUUGAAUUGUAAUAACGUUUUUCACUUUUCAGUUGGGAGUAAAAUAAGUGUGCCUAUCCAAAAGACCCGAUCAUACUUAUGCUUUUUAAAAAAGAAUAUUUAAAAUUUCAAUUCUUAAUUUAGGGCUGGACCUUUAAACUAUGUUUAAAAAAUAAAUAAAUCCUGUAACAUAUGACUUCUGAACCUGGCAAAAAACUGAUAUCUAAAAGAUAUGGAGCUCAAUUAAAUUUAUGCAGCAUUAA